UUCAAAAACUAACCCGAUCUUUAUAACUGAUGCCCUAACCUCAUUGUCGCAUGCUGAGCAUUUGUUUCCUUUGAGGUUUCGGCCACUGCUUCCCCACUUUGCGAUUCACACGCAUCUGGUACGUUUAUCAUGGGAGCUUCGGAAUCCAAGCUCGUUUUCAGGCAAGGCAUCUUUCGGCUUUCGGAGGAGAAAGGUAUCCCAGCCGAUGAUCCAUACUGGGCUGGUUUCUGGGAGCUCCCGGAAUCGGUUGAAGACGUGUUUACGCUCUUCGCCCCCGUUGACAUACGAAGAACGCGCGACACGUCGCUAGGGAAUCUGGAGACCCUAUUACUCGCUGUCGCCUCCCGAUUGACUGCGCUUAGACAUCACCCGUCAUUUCCUGAUCAUGAACUUGCGCCACCGCGAGAUGCGUUGAACUGCAUCCGGGUUCUUACCCGGAUCCUACCUUUCAUAUACGAAGCGGAAAACUUGGAGGAGUGGGAAGAAAGCUUCUUCUGGGGGGAAAGGAAGAAGAAAACUCGACAGGCUCAACUCGCGGCUCGAGUUCUGUUCGAUGAAUCUCGCAACGAGGAAGAUCAGGAUGCCCGGCCUCGGGAUGAAGACUACGAAGAUGCAAAGCCUCUUGCCGAAGAGCUCCUUGAUACUUUGGUUGAUAUGCUUUUUUUCACUGGAUUUACUAUACCCCAGUUGCCAGGUUCUAAAACCAAAGUUCAAUAUUCAAUAUGGCAGAGUGGAAUAGGCUGCCAUACGUCCAUGGGAUCCAACAAGGAGCUUGAGAGCAAUAGAACGGAAGUAUUACGUCUAUUGUUGACAUUGACCGGCCAGUCCAUGUAUAUGCCGUCAAAUCUACUUCCCGUGAAAGGGGUUAAGUCGCUCACCUAUCUUGCAACCUGUCCCGAUAAGAAGCUCGUCCUGUCUGUUCUCUGCUCCUUAUUAAACACAACCCUCAAGUUCAAUCCAACUCCCUGGAAAAUGCCUUAUGACCACGUUGUUUGGAAAGAUUCAAGGCAAAUCCUUGUGAUCUAUUCCCUACAGCUUCUCCUAGCUUUAUUACUCUAUCCUAUCCCAGAAAGCGGGAGCGGAGCACCGCCCAAAAAUUACUAUCGGCACUUUUUUGGGAGGCUCCACCAGCCUCAAGACUUCCAAUUUCUGGUCGACGGCAUGACGAGAAUCCUCAAUCAGCCGAUGCAAGCCACAUCAUCUUAUCUUCCAGGUAGUCAGAAGUCCGUUAAGUGGGCUCCUGAGAUGAUGAUCUUGUUCUGGGAAGCACUUCAAUGCAACAAACGAUUUAGAUCAUUCAUUGUCGAUUCAAAUCGUGCCCAUGAUUUUAUAAUCAUCUGCCUUUUCUAUGCCAAUGAAUAUAAGACAGACCCAUCCAAGCAUGGCAUUGUCAAAAUGUGCAUCUUUUUACUUCAGACCCUCAGUGUGGAGCCAAAUUUUGGUCGCAACCUCUUUAAGAAGUUUGAAGCGCAAGACACGCUGCCACCGAGUAUAAGGCUUUCCAAUUUCCGCGGAACAUAUGGGGAUUUUCUUAUCAUUUCCAUCCAUAAUUUGAUGACCACCAGCAAAGGAAAACUAGACGCAGUUUAUCCUGCUUUGUUAGCCAUUAUGGACAAUGUUGCAGCUUACGCAGAGCACCUGUCGGCUACAGCAUGCUCUAGAGUAUUACAGCUUUUCGUCUCGAUGUCUUCGCCGAGUUUCCUUCUGGCCAAGGAAACCAAUCAUGCUCUCCUAUCCUCCUUGCUCAAAUUUAUCAAUGCAGUUAUAGAACACCAAUAUAGCAAAAACCCAUAUCUAGUUUAUGCCGUUCUAAAAUCAAAGAGGCGUUUUGAGUCUCUGCGGGCCUUUACUCUAGAAAGCGGACAGCAGGAGAUUGAGCAACAACGGCACCUAAGAAAGGCUAGCUUAAGCGGCAGUGACCAUUUUACACAUCAAUCUUAUGUCCAGCCCAGCGAAGAGAUUCGUAGCCCCACGCGACCUUUGAGCCACGUUCCAGAGGAAGAUGGUACAUUUGCAGUGGGAGACGACGAAUCUGACGAAGAGACUCUGCGUCAAGAGACACCUUCUCAGUCAUCUCCCUCCCUCGACAAUUCACGGCCGCCAUCCCUGGCAUCACCCACCGAUGACAGCGUUCCACAUCAGCUUCGAGGUUUAUCCGAGAAGGCUCGCGGCAAGAUGCCGGCCGGUCAAGCUACGUUCUCUCGGCAAAAUAGCACCACAAGCUUAAGUAGCUACGCUGCAGCAUCUGGUUUUUCGACAGCGUCCAGUGGCUUUGUUCCCACUGCAGCUUGGAUCGAAUCGUGGGUUCCCGAGUUGCCCCUUCACACCAUUUUAACAGUCAUUUCUGCAAUAUUCCCUCAUGUCCCGGCAGCGGCUCUUGAAUCAUCUGUGAGCCCUGAAGCACGCACGCUGCUUUCAGAACUUCCAUCAUUCGCGGAAGAACCACAUAUCCAGUCAGUGCUCUCAGAGCCGACCCCCAUUCAAGUUCAUAUGUUUGAAUGGUGUCCACUUUCCCUUGGCUGGUACGAGUCCCUUCUAUGGGGAUUUAUCUUUUCGAGUGAAAUGAUAGUUGGGUCGGCCUCUGGCUCAACGCCGGGGGCAGUCGGCGUCUGGAACGGAACGGCUAUUAAACUAUUCAGAGUACAAGAAGCAGUCGCCCAAGGUCCAACAUUACUAGCCCCCAAGGGAGCUGUUGACGCAGUAGGUUCCAGUAUCGUGCAGCGAAUUGGAAGCUUGAAUCUUCGGGGCCGGGGAAGCAACUCUCAAGAGGGACAUGGCGAGUCCGAAAAUAUUACUGUGCGAGACGUUUAGUGGUGCACCGCCACUCUCCCCGGACCUUUGCUUCCCCACUGCCUGUUUAGCAUGAUUUUACGAAGCAUCACGAUGUACAUAUAUUGCCCUGCUUUGUAUUUUAGCAUACAUACUUUUUUC